GCCGGCGCGCGGCCGGGACCCACCAUUCCUGCUCGCCCGGCCCAGUCGGUGCCCGGUCCCUGGGGAACCGCGCGGGUCCCUCGGGGGUCCCUCGGGAGCCAGAGCCGCCCGCCCGCCCCCGCCGAUGAGGACGGAGCCGCCGGGAGCUCGCUGCUGCCCUUAGACCCGUCUGUCUGCGCCUCCGCCCGCGCCGCCGUCCGGCAAUGCUCACGGCUGUCUGCGGCUCUCUUGGGAACCAGUCCUCGGACGCGCCCCGCGCCUCGCCGACCCCUCUGGACCUGCAGCCGCUGCAGCCCUUCCAGCCCCCCCCGCCGGGCGCCGCCGACUUCGCCUCCCCGCUGCCCCCCCCGGAGCUGCCGCUGCCGGGCCCCGACGUCGCCUUCGCCGCCCCCGGCGCCUACGACCCCCAUGGCCCCCCGCGGAUAGAGCUGCCCCCCGACGGCCCCGCCGCCCCCGGUUCCUACGCCAAGCUGCUGCAGGCGGCCCCCCCGGACAUGGCGCACCCCUACGAGCCCUGGUUUCGGCCCCCCCACCCCGCUCCCUCCGGCGAGGAGGGGGGGGUCAACUGGUGGGACCUCCACGCCGGGGCCAGUUGGAUGGAGCUGCCCCACGCGCAGGGAGGGCUCCAGGUGCCCGCGCCCCCCGGCCUGCAGCCGCCGCUGGGGGGGUACGGAGGGGGCGAAGCGCAGCUCUGCGCUCCCCCCGCCCACCUGCUGCCCCCCGCCCAGCACCUACUGGGCCCGGAGGGGGCGAAGGCGUUGGAGGGGCCCCCCCAGCCCGAAGCGGAGGGGGGCGGGCGGGCCAAGGGGGGCCGCCGGGCGGUGCCGCGGGGCGGGGGGCAGGCGGCGUGCCGCUGCCCCAACUGCCAGGAGGCGGAGAGGGGGGGGCCGUGCCCCGAGGGCUCCAAGCGCAAACACCUGCACAACUGCCACAUCCCGGGCUGCGGGAAGGCGUACGCCAAGACCUCGCACCUGAAGGCGCACCUGCGUUGGCACAGCGGCGACCGCCCCUUCGUCUGCAACUGGCUGUUCUGCGGGAAGCGCUUCACCCGCUCCGACGAGCUGCAGCGGCACCUCCAGACCCACACGGGCACCAAGAAGUUCACCUGCCCCGUCUGCGGCCGCGUCUUCAUGCGCAGCGACCACCUGAGCAAGCACAUGAAGACCCACGACGGCGGCAAGGAGGGCGGCGAGCCCGACGCCAAGGGGAGCAGCGAGCCGCCGGGGGGGAAGGGGGGCAAGCGGGAGCCCGAGGGGGGCACGGCCGCCCCUACAAACUGA